GCGAGCGAGUCAUGGAGUUUGGAUUGACGGAAGAGCAAGUCCGCGUGUACACCGAGGCUGCCUUGGAUCCUGAUUGGGUUGAGCACGGGACCGUCACUCUUGCAGACUUUCUACAAAUUAUGGCGAAGCGCGAGCAGGAUGUGCUACUUCAGCAGAAGCUUGCUCAAGCUUUUGCGGUCUUUGACAAAGAUGGAAGUGGUUUCAUCAGCGUCAAUGCAGAGAGUGAUUUCCGGAAGCAGAUGACGUCCUUAGGAAGCAACCCGUUCACCGACGAGCAGUUUGAAAACUUCCUGAGCGAGUACAGGGCCGAAGCUGCUUCACAACAUCCAGCAGAACAGGACGGUUUGGUGGACUACCAGGCCUACCGAGUUGAGACUUGA